CUCUUUCUCUUUCUCUCUCUUUCUCUCUCUUUCUCCCUGUCUCUGUCUCUGUCUCUGUCUCUGCCUCUUCUCCUAGGAGGACACCUGAACCCGGCCUUCUCACUCACCCUGUGCCUCCUGGCUCAGUUUCCCUGGUGGAAACUGCCCGUUUAUUUUCUCAUCCAACUCCUGGGGGCCUUCCUGGGGGCCGGCACUGUCUACCUCCUUUAUUACGACGCCAUCUACAGCUACAGCAACGGGACCCUGAGGGUGACGGGGCCCCGGGAAACGGCCUCCAUCUUUGCCACCUACCCGGCCCCUUACCUGUCGAUACCCAACGGGUUUUUUGACCAGGUGUUGGGCACAGGUAUCCUCGUGAUAGGCAUCCUGGCCAUUAUCGAUGCCCGGAACAAACGCAUCCCACCCGGACUGGAUCCGUUAGCCGUGGGCCUCUUGGUCUUCGCCCUCAGCGUUGCUAUGGGCGCCAACUGCAGCUGCGCCAUCAACCCGGCUCGGGAUUUGGGGCCACGGCUGUUUACCUACGUCGCUGGAUGGGGUCCCCAGGUGUUUAGUGCCGGACAUUGUUGGUGGUGGGUUCCCAUUGCGGCCCCCAUGUUGGGAGCCACAGUCGGGACAGCAGUCUAUCAAUUCGGAGUCGAGUUUCAUCACCCGGCAGAUCCAAAAGAGUCGGAAAACCCGAUCCCGGAAAAACUGGAACUGGGACGGGAGAAAGAAAUGGACCUUCCUGUUUAUGUCGUGAACACCUAUGCUGAAAAGUGGACAG